UCUCGCUAGUUGGUCCGGAAUCGAACAGCUAGUUACGCAGUGAGUGCGCGCACCCCGCCACCGGGUACAGGCUUUCAUUUUUCACACUUGAGCGAACACCAGGCCGAUUCAGGCGCCGUGGCAAUGCUAUUGUGAAGCGCGUCCGCUCCAGGUUUCUACUUUUAUACUGCGCGCGGCCGCCCCCCACGCGAGUGGAAGUCGUUAUUUAUAUUUUGUAAAUAUCUAUAUAUUUUUGUACGAGUUUUGUACGUACAUACAUCAGCCAUGACGCAGACGGGCAUACAACAGAAGGACACCACUUACACGAAAAUCUUCGUCGGUGGUCUUCCCUACCACACAACGGACCAGAGUUUACGGGAAUACUUUCAAGCGUUUGGUGAAAUAGAAGAAGCCGUCGUGAUCACCGACCGGCAGACCGGAAAGAGCAGAGGAUAUGGAUUCGUCACCAUGGGAGAUAGGACGGCGGCUGAGAGGGCAUGCAAGGACGCAAAUCCAAUUAUAGAUGGACGGAAAGCAAACGUAAACCUCGCCUAUAUCGGUGCGAAGCCCCGAGGAAACAGUCCGGGUAGUCCUGUUCUGCCCGGAGCCGUACAGCUACGAGGUGGAUACCCGGCCUAUAUCUCCGGACAAUACGGGAUGCAGGCGCAGUACGUCUACCCGCCGCAGUACAUGCAGGGUCCGAGCAUGCUCAUACAGGGCCCGCACGCCGGACAGCUGUCGCCCGCCGCCGCCGCCAGCCAAUACUACGACUACGCGACGGCCUACGCCAGCCACUUCGCCAACACCUACGACCGGUAUGACCCCUACAGCUCUGCGGCCGGCUACGUCGCUCCGGGAUACGCCGGAGCCUACACCAUCCCGUCGGCCAUCCCUGCUGGCGCACCGACGCUUCCCGGGUAUCAGACGACAGGCAUACAGGAACGCAUGCAGUAAGACGACAUCGGGUGGUGAAGUCUCCAGUUGGAGAGAGAGAGAGAAGGCGGAGACGGUAGGGAGAACGAGACGGUUGAAGGUUAAAGGCGAGGAAAUCGCGCUGUGUUUCACGUACGCACAGAAAACGUUUACUUCUCCGCUAUACCGUAGAGAGGAAGAGGGAGAGUGAGAGACAGGAAGGUGUAGAAAGAGAGAGGGGGGAGGGAGGGGGCGUUGUGUUAGUGGUGGUAAUAGUUGACAUAGGACUGCUUUCCCUCUUGCUCACAUAGCGAACAUUGCGUACCAUUACGUUCAUGUCCCCCUUCCCCUGUAUAGGUAUCGCAAAAGAGUACUUUCGAAGAAUGUAUAAUUUAUUAUGUAAACUAUGUUACGUUGUUUUACAUACUCUGACGCUAGCGGCUUAGCGUCAACUUGUUAGAUAUUCCUUACUCCUGGAUGUUCGAGAUUUCUCCAUGCAUUUGGCAGUAGGUAAUAUAAAACAAGUAAUUCAAAAUGCGUCGUAAAAGAUGCAAUAGAUGCAGUGCGCACGUUAAAACUUUAGUAAACGACCUCAUGAAAAAGGUUAACUCUGAAAAUUAUUCUGAGGAAUCGGUCGAGAUGUAAGUGAGUGAGCAUGAUUCAUGCGUAGUAAAACUAACUGCACGCCGAAGGUACUCUGAAGGAAUUUCUUAAGAUAUAUCCAUGUCCGUCAGUAUACUUUAAUAAUUGUUAAGGUGCCUUAGCAAAUACCCGUGACCUCGGAGAAUAUCGGCUCUCUCGAAAGCUCUCGAUAACUCUCGGAAUGUCUAGGGUCGUGCAAUAGUCGAAGUUGUUACGGAUGCAGGUUGUAACGGAGACCGCUUAAACGACAUCAAAAUACUAUAGGUAUUUAGUAUCAUUACUGAAUAAAUUCCGACGUGAAAGCGGGAAGGAUUUAACAUGUAUACGUAUAUCAUGUUUAUAGCAAUCAACUGCGUCCUAAUAGUAACAUGUGAUAAAGCUCUUAUUGCAGUGGCGGCUGGUAACUGUUUAAAAUAGGGUAAUGAGUCAUGAAGGUUCCGCGCGUCAACUGCGUUAAACAGGUUAACACUUCAAUCAUUAUGUUAGUGAUAUAAGUAAUAUCUAACCUUUCGCUGUAUAUAAUCAAUAACCAAAUGUAUAGCGUAGACAAACUGUUAGCGCAUAUAUAUAUAGUACCUUAUAUAGUCUCGUUCAUAAUCCUAUGUUAUAGCUUAUAUUAUACGCAUCGUUCCAUCUGAUAACCGUUUAUGUAUAUAAUACUUCAUUCAAUGUGCAAUGGUCAUAGGCAAUGCUUAAUAAUCUAUAAGUUAAAUAUCGUUAGUGUUCAAGGCCAUAGUAGUAACGAAUCGUGUAUAAUUUUAUGUGUCACAAAAUUAUCUUGUCAACCACGGUGGCUUGGCAGGUGAGUUUUUGUGAUGAUAUUUAGAUAAUUGCGUUUAUUGUGCCGUCAUUGGUUAUAUGUCACUUGUAGUGCAUAUAUUAUCGAGAGCUACGCGUCCGUGCGCGAUUAUUUGCGACUCACACACGUGACAAUCGUCUUUUAACGUUCUAUAAUAAUCAUUGGCUAUGACGCGCUGCUAAACUAAAAACACAUCUGGUGGUAAUACCAAAGUGCCUUAGCGUGCUCCCCACCCCCUUGUGCCACUCGGGGGUCUAGGUUUCAGUUGCAAUCGUGACAGAACUGCCGUCAAUGUAUACGUUCCUAUUUCUUACCUUUACCUUUAUUCUCAAGGUCCGGUUGCAAACCGCGCACUGUGAGAACCUCAUGUCUAUAUCUUAUAUACGAAAAAAGUAUAUUUAUAUUUUCUAAUAUGUUACAGCCGGAGACUCGUGCCACACGUCACGACCUUACAAUCGCAUCUAUUCGUUAUAAAGUCGGUUCCGCCCAUACGUACAGUGUUCGCUCA